AUGACUCUCCUUUCUCAUUUACUAGCAGUUGGAGGGCUUGUGGGGUUGGUGUUUUUCUGUAAGGCAUGGAGAGUUAGAAAGGGAAAGGGGAAGUCAGCCCCAGAACCACCUGGUGCCUGGCCAAUAGUAGGUCACCUGCGUCUAUUAUGUGGCAAAAAGCCAUUUUGUCGAGUCCUUGGAGCCAUGGCUGAUAAGCACGGUCCGGUCUUCAUGAUCCGCCUUGGAGUGCACCCGACGCUCGUGGUGAGUAGCCAUGAGGCUGUUAAAGAAUGCUUCACUACCAACGACAAGGCUUUCGCCUCACGCCCCAGAUACAGCUCGGGAAAGCUUUUAGGAUACAAUAAUGCUGGAUUUGGAUUUGCACCUUAUGGGCCUCUUUGGCGUGAGAUGCGCAAACUAUCCGUCAUAGGACUUCUCUCCUAUCGUCGCCUUGAUGAGUUGAAGCAUGUGCUGCUUUCUGAAUUGGAUUUUUGUACGGGAGAUCUCUACUCACUUGGCAGAAAGAGGAACUGGGUGGAACCGAUUGAGGUGGAGAUGAAUAAGUGGCUUGAAGAGUUGCCCUUCAAUGUAGUCCUAAGGAUGGUUGCUGGGAAGAGAUAUUUUGUUAAUGGGGUCCACGCAAAUGAAGAAGCAAGACAUGUCAUAGCAGGUUUUAGGCAAUUCGUACAUCUCCUUGAGGCCCGUGUUCCAUCUGAUGUCCUUCCAUUUUUAGAGUGGAUCGAUUUGGACGGCUAUUUGAAGUCUAUGAAGCAUGUAGCCGAGCUGUUGGACACUAGUGUACAAGGUUGGGUAGAAGAACAUGUUAUGAAACUCAAGAGUGACCCCAGCAGCAGGCAGGACUUCAUUGAUGUGAUGCUGUCUAUUCUCAAAGACGAUUCCGUGUUUGGCCACACACGGGAAACUGUUAUCAAGGCAACAGUAGUGAGUCUCAUUGUGGGAGGGUCGGCGACUACCUUUGCUGCCUCUGCAUGUCUCUUGUUUUUAUUAUUGAACCAUAGACAUGCUUUGGAGCGUGUUCAAGAAGAGCUAGAUGUAAAAGUUGGUAGAGAGAGAUGGGUAGAAGAAUCUGAUAUUGAAAACCUAGUUUACCUUCAAGCCGUUGUGAAGGAGACCCUCAGGCUGUCUCCACCAGCUCCCCUAUUAAUAGCGCAUGAAGCCAUUGAAGACUGUAAUGUUUGUGGAUACAACAUUCCAAAAGGAACCCGCUUGUUCGUGAAUGUGUGGAAGUUGCAUCGAGAUCCAAGAACCUGGUCAGAUCCUGAAAAGUUCCAACCAGAGAGGUUUUUAACAAGCAAUGCAGAUAUAAGUGUGUUUGGUCGGCAUUUUGAGUUAAUCCCAUUUGGUUCAGGGAGAAGAUGUUGUCCAGGAAUCGCUCUGGCCUUACAAAUGUUACACUUGACGGUUGCUCGGCUACUCCAAGGAUUUGACAUCACUCCUGUGGGCAUGACCCCACGCAUGGGUUUUUUCUCGCCCAAGGAAACUCCACAAAAAGUAAUGCUCAAACCGCGCCUUCCUUCUCAACUCUACUAG